AUGGUGAGCUCUAAGCUCGCCUUCGCGCUCAUGCUCACCGCUGGCGGUGUCAUGGGCCGUGUUCCCAACUCUUCUCAACGGCUGGACCGUCUCGUUCGACGUCAGGGCUUUGGCAACGGCGGCGCUGACCCUCUCAACCACCCCGCCGCUCCCGGUCCCGGAGGCUUUGGAAACGGUGGUGCGGAUCCUCUCAACCAUCCUGCCGCUGCUGGAAGCGUUGUCGUUUCGGCUUCCGCUGCUGGUCAGAUGCACUGGUCCACCGAUGUUUCAAGCGUGACUGGUGAAGAUCUGGUAAAGACGCUUCCAUCCGGCUUCUUCCUCGGUUGUGAAGUGGACAACGGCGAUCUCAAGGAUCCUAUCGUCGCCCCACUCGCCAAGUAUAUGCCCUGGGUCACCCCUGGCAACUCGCUCAAGAUGGGUAUGAUCUACGAAAACGAAAACUCGUGGACCGAACUGCUCAACGGCGUCGCCAAGGCUAACCAGGGCACCAAGCUCAAGUGGAAGUACCACACGCUCAUCUGGGGCGCCGAACAGAGCCAAAAGAUGAUGCAGCAGUCGUUCAGCAAGGAGGCCAUGAUGAAGACCAUCACCGAUUUCGUCACCAACAAGAUGUGCUCCAAGAUCAUCAAGGAAGCCGACUUCUGGGGUAUCGAUGUGCUCAACGAGGUCUUUGACGACAGUGGAAACGGCUUCAAGAAGAACGGCUACUUUGAGGUCAUUGGCGAAGAAGGCUACAUGGAGGUGCUCAAGCUCGUCAAGAAGCAGUGUCCCGACUACAAGAUCAUUGUCAACGACUACGGCAUGGAGUCGCUCAACGCCAAGUCCGACUUUGCCUUCAAGACGAUCAAGAAGUGGCUUGCCCAAGGUGUACCUAUCGAUGCUGUCGGUCUUCAGUUCCACAUCUCGCUCCAAAACACCUACCAGGACAUGCUCGCUUCCAUCAAGCGCUGGACAUCCGAGAAGAUCCCGGUCGUGCUUUCUGAAGUUGACAUCCCCAUCCAAUCCUCUGCCGAUCUCGAAAAGCAGGCGCAGCAGUACGGUAAUCUCGUGCACGCUGCGCUUGAAGGUGGUGCCUUUGGUGUAUCCAUGUGGGGUCUCGUCGACUCGCACACCUGGUUGACGGGAAUGGGCAAGGGUGCCGAUCCUCUGCUCUUCGACGCCAAGGGCAAGCCCAAGCCAGCCGCCGCUGCCAUUGUCGAUGUCUUCAAAAAGUGGGGCAACAAGCCUGUUGGCAUCGAGGGCGGCCGCACUACCGAUCUUUCUGGGUCUGCCAAUGGUGGUUCUUCUGGAUCCGCUUCCGCUCCUGGCUCUGACGCUGACUCUGACUCGGGUGCUGAUUGCGAUCCUGACUCUGGCUCCGACUCCGGCUCGAGAUCUGGCUCUGGCACUGGCUCCGGCUCUGGCACUGGCUCUGGCGCUGGCACUGGCACUGGCACUGGCUCGUCCGACUCCGGAGAUGAUGGCCCCAUUGACAAGGGUCCUCCCGACACUGGUGCUGCUGCUGGUGGUGCUACCGGUGCUCCUGGCACUGGCGCCGACACUUCUGGCGCUCCUGGCAACGGUGCUCCCGGUGCUCCCGGUGCUGGUGGCAACGGUGCCCCUGGUGCUCCCGGCAGCGGUGCUUCUGGCACUCCUGGUAACGGUGCCCCUGGUGCUCCUGGUGCCCCUGGUGCUCCUGGUGCUCCUGGUGCUCCUGGUGCUCCUGAUGCUCCUGGUAACGGUGCUCCCGGUGCCCCUGGCGCUGCUGGCGGCAACGGCGGAGAAUACUGGAAGGGCAAGCACGCUGGAUGGCAGGGCAAUGUCGGUGCUCCUGGUGGAAUGCCGCAGAUGCCGAUGGACAAGCAGGGCUACGCACCCAAGCACCGACGUGCCAUGGCGUACCGUCGACGUCGCUAG